GCCAUGCCAAUUGGUGCACGUCUCUCAUCCCUUUCUGGUCCAAAAACUGCGACUUCCUCCUCCAAAUCCAAAAUCUCAUUGAACCUCUUAACAUGAGGGGCAUGUGCCACUGCCUUGUCACAACUCGAUACUCAAAUGCUACAUAAUAUUAUAGGCCAACAAAAGCCUUUGACGUAAUUUCAGGUCCUCUCUUGGGCUUCGCACCACCACUCCUUGAAAGCCACCGAGCCACUCCACAACCAUGACCGUUUCCAUUUCCUCUAUAUAUACCCCCCACAUCUCACUUAUUCCCCUCUCUGUCCCCACCUCCACCUCUCCCAGUUCAAAGUUUCCAAAAUCAAAGCAUCAUUCAAUCCUCCUCUGCUUCUCUUCUCCACCAGAUAUGGAUGCUGCAGGCGCAACAAGUCUCUACCCGUUGCACCGUUCGAAAACUAUUCACUUGGUGAGGCAUGCGCAAGGGAUUCACAAUGUGGAAGGAGAAAAGGACCAUUUGGCUUACAUGUCUCACGAUCUUUUUGAUGCACAUCUUACCCCUCUUGGGUGGAAACAGGUUGAUAAUUUGCACAAGCAUGUUCAAGCAUGUGGACUUACAAAAAAACUUGAUUUAGUGAUCACAUCUCCUUUGCUGAGGACCAUGCAGACAGCAGUGGGUGUCUUCGGCGGUGAAGCAUACACAGAUGGGAUAGAUGUACCUCCUCUAAUGGUUGAAAAUGCAGGGAACAGCCUCCAUGCUGCAAUUUCAAGUCUAAACUGCCCACCAUUUGUAGCAGUUGAGCUAUGCCGGGAACAUUUGGGUGUUCAUCCAUGUGAUAAGAGAAGAAGCAUUAGCGAGUAUAGGCCUCUUUUCCCUGCAAUUGAUUUCUCACUGAUAGAGAAUGAUGAUGACAUUUUGUGGACGCCUGACAUAAGAGAGAAGAAUGAAGAAGUUGCAGCUAGGGGACUGAAGUUUUUGAACUGGUUGUGGACACGUGAAGAAAAGAAUAUUGCAAUUGUUACCCAUAGCGGAUUCCUGUACCACACCUUGAGUGCUUUUGGAAAUGAUUGUCAUUCAUCCAUUAAGAAUGAAAUAUCUACGCACUUUGCGAAUUGCGAGCUUCGUUCCAUGGUAAUUGUUGAUAGAGGUUUGAUAGGGUCAAAUUCUACCUCAGCAACCAAUUAUCCUGGAAAAAAUCCUCAGGGGCUUGAUCUUCCUAGUGACCUUGCGGAUAAGAAGAAUCCAGUUUCUAAGUAAUUGUAUCCCAAAAUGGCAGAUAGACAGCUAGAAACCUAAAAUGGCUGGUCUGGAGCCUUGGUUUUCAGUGGCCGGUGGAGAUAACCUUUUCUUGAUCAUUUAUAUAGGGAAAACAAGGAAGCUAGCGUCUUUAGUGCCUGCUCAGUUCUGUUGGGCAUUUUGAAGAUUCACGUUUGAAGUCUUGUAGAUCUGAAGCCAGUUUAAAUGGUUAUAACUCACACAUAUGGUUUAUCUGGGAUACUGAUAUUGAUGGGUUCUCACAAUGUUAUCCAUAUCUUUGAUGUUUUAUGAGUUGGUACACCAAAUGUUACAUUAAACAGUAGGCAAUGCUCACUAAAU